CUCCGAAUCUGGAUCAAGAGAAAAAAAUCUUAAUCAAGUUGAACAAAGCUUUAAUUGUCCGACGAUAUCAAGAUAUAGAAGACGAAGAGAUUGAGGGAUUUUGGAGGAUUGAAGGAUUAAAGAUUGGAUUUGGUCUUAAUUUUGGGGAAUUUUGAAAGAGAUCGAGAUUACUGAUCUGAAGAGGAGGUUAAUCCCCAAAAUCGAAGAUCCAAGAUGGGGGAGAAAGAGAAAAAGGAGAGAUUGAAACUCGACGACGAGCAGCUAUCGGAGCUCCGCGAGAUAUUCAGAUCGUUCGACAGAAACAACGACGGUAGUUUGACGGAAUUGGAGCUCGGGUCGUUACUCCGGUCGCUGGGGCUGAAACCUAGCGCCGACCAGGUGGAAGCCUUGAUACAGAAGGCAGAUAAAAACAGCAACGGCCUGGUCGAGUUCUCCGAGUUCGUGGCCCUGGUGGAACCGGAUCUGGUGUCCUCCAAGUGUCCGUACAGCGAGGAGCAGCUGAAGAAGAUAUUCAGAAUGUUUGAUCGCGACGGGAACGGCUACAUCACGGCAGCGGAGUUGGCGCAUUCGAUGGCCAAGUUGGGGCAUGCGUUGACGGUGGAGGAGCUCACGGGGAUGAUCAAGGAGGCGGACACCGACGGCGAUGGAUGCAUUAAUUUCCAGGAGUUUGCUCAGGCCAUCACUUCAGCUGCCUUUGACAAUUCUUGGAGUUGAAGGUAUUUCUAGCAUAUGUUCUCACCUGUCUCUAUUUUCUCAGAGUUGUUUGGAUGCUGAGAAAGUGAGGGAAACUCAAAAUUAAAUUUUGAACCUUACAUUUUUCCUUUAAUUUCCAGAUUUUCCUGGCAUCCAAACAGCUCAGUUCUCACCUUGCAUUUCUAGAUAUAUUUUGCUGUUUCUGUGUUCCAGAAAAAAGAAGAAAAUUAAAAAUUAAAAUUAAUUACGUAGAAAAGUUGUAAUAAUGAAUGUGGAUGUAUUUU